GUUCCACUCUUGACGUUUUCGCGCCACGUGGAGGCAAAAGAGGGAAAGAAAGCAGAGCAAAGCAAAGAGAAAAAAAAACACUCCCAUAGACGAAGCAAGCAAGGAUAGCCCCAAAGCCUUCUUCAGCAAGGUUUCUACUUUUGCUUUUCCCUGAUGCCAUGAGGAAAACUCACUCAACGAUGACAUAUUGGCGGGCACAAUCGCCUCGAGGAAACGACCACCGGAAGCUUCAGAAUCCGAUUCCCAAUUACCGAUCAAACCCAAAGAACAGCACCCCCAAUUUGCCUCCGAAUCAUCAUCUGGGACCCGCAGCUUUGUCCUCUCCGUUCGAACGCCCAAACUUCGUCGUCAACCUCGUCGUCGAGCACCGCGACGCACGGAGACCCGAUGUCAACGCUCUGCUCCGCCAAUGCAAGUCGAAGCCCGAGAGCUUCAGACUCUCUCACUCCGGCAUGGCCGUCGGCACUCUCUACUUCCGGCAGUGGGUCGACGCGCUCGCAGCCGUGGUCUGGUUCUGGGAGUCGCGGCUCGACGGCGCCCACAGUCUCAUCCCAAAACUCAGUCCCUUGGUCAUCGUGCCGUCCGAUCAGGACGAGCUCCGGGACCGGCUGAGAGAGCUCUUCUCCAACCGUAUACGGCGGCUGAUGGAAGGAGAAGCCGUCGAGAAGUGGAACAAGAAAAGCGUGAAUUUGUCUAAUGAGAUUAGGAGAGUAUGGGCCUUGCUAAAGAAUCCGAAUAGGCUCAACGUAUACGCGGAAUUGUCUGAGAGGGAGAAAAGGCUUGGCGCUGAGAAGGACUUGGUUGAGAAGAGGCUUAAGGAAUUUAAGUCUGCCAUGAAUUCUCUGCUUGUUCAUCUCGAAGGGAAAAGAACAACAACGGAGGUGGUGGUGGAUGGUGAGGGUAAUAAUGUAAAAUUGUUUAAUUUAGAAGGGGAUUAUGAUUGGAGGCGAAUUCAUAGCUUGAUGUUGCGGGAGUGCCGGAGACUUGAAGAUGGUUUGCCUAUUUAUGCAUAUCGCCAGGAUAUACUUCGGCAAAUUCAUUGCCAACAGAUAAUGGUUUUGAUAGGCGAGACUGGUUCAGGAAAGAGUACACAGCUGGUACAGUUUCUUGCUGAUUCUGGAAUUGGUGCUGAAGGGUCAAUCGUAUGUACCCAACCUCGUAAGGUGGCUGCUACGUCUGUAGCUCGUAGGGUUGGAGAAGAAAGUAGUGGUUGUUAUGGAGAUAACUCAAUAACUUGUUUCCCAGCAUUUUCGUCUGCUCAACAGUUUGACUCUAAGGUAAUUUAUAUGACGGACCACUGUUUACUGCAGCACUACAUGACUGAUAAGAAUUUGUCUAAGAUUUCUUGCAUCAUAGUUGAUGAGGCUCAUGAAAGAAGCUUGAACACUGAUCUUCUUUUGGCAUUAUUAAAAAGUUUACUUUGUCAGAGGUUUGGUUUGCGACUUAUUAUAAUGUCUGCAACAGCUGAUGCACGCCAGCUAUCAGAUUACUUUUUUGGCUGUGGCGUCUUUCAUGUGGUGGGGAGAAACUUUCCAGUUGAUGUUAGAUAUGUACCUUGUAAUGCUGAAGGAACAUAUGGUCUUGUUCCCACGUAUCUUUAUGACGUGGUGAGGAUGGCUAAAGAAAUACACAAAACAGAGGAUGAAGGGUCCAUUCUUGCCUUUUUGACUUCUCAAAUGGAAGUAGAGUGGGCCUAUGAGAACUUUGAAGCUCCAGCUGCAAUUGCAUUACCAUUUCAUGGAAAACUUUCUUUUGACGAGCAAAAUGACAUAUUUCAUAACGUUCCUGGAAAAAGAAAAGUAAUCUUUGCCACAAAUCUUGCUGAGACAUCCCUGACUAUUCCGGGUGUAAAGUAUGUGAUUGACUCUGGCAUGGUUAAAGAAAGCAAAUUUGAACCUGGCAGUGGCAUGAAUGUCCUCAGAGUGUGCUGGAUCAGUCAGAGUUCUGCUAAUCAACGAGCUGGUCGUGCAGGAAGAACAGAACCUGGAAGGUGUUAUAGACUUUACUCGCAAUUGGAUUUUGAGGUGAUGGCUCCUAGUCAGGAACCUGAGAUUCGUCGGGUCCAUCUUGGUGUUGCUGUUCUGAGAAUUCUUUCUUUGGGCAUCAAGAACAUAAAGGAUUUUGAUUUUGUUGAUGCGCCUAGUACUGAAGCUAUUGACAUGGCUAUUAGGAAUCUUGUUCAGUUGGGAGCGGUUAAACUAAAUAAUGGUAAUUUUGAAUUGACUGAGGAAGGUCGGUACUUGGUUAAAAUGGGGGUCGAGCCUCGACUUGGGAAACUUAUCCUGAGUUGCUUUAAUUAUCGCUUGGGUAGAGAGGGCAUUGUUCUUGCCGCUUUAAUGGCAAAUGCCAGUAGCAUAUUUUGCAGAGUUGGUACUGAUGAAGAAAAACUAAAAUCUGACGGCCUCAAGGUGCAAUUUUGCCAUCACAAUGGUGACCUCUUUACACUUCUCUCUGUGUAUAAGCAAUGGGAGGGUGUACCUCGAAGGGACAGAAACAAUUGGUGUUGGCAAAAUAGCAUUAAUGCCAAAAGCAUGCGGAGAUGUGAAGACACAGUCAUGGAAUUGGAAUCUUGCCUUCAAUUUGAGCUGAAUGUUAUUAUUCCAAGUUACUGGCUUUGGACUCCUCAUAAAUCAACUGAUUUUGAUGGAUAUUUGAAAAACGUUAUACUCUCAUCCCUUGCGGAAAAUGUAGCAAUGUACUCUGGUUAUGAUCAACUUGGCUAUGAAGUGGCAGUAACUGGGCAACAUGUUCAGCUGCAUCCUUCAUGUUCGUUGCUAAUAUUCAAUCAGAAGCCUAGUUGGGUAGUUUUCAGUGAGCUUCUAUCAAUCUCUAAUCAAUAUUUGGUCUGUGUCACUGCUUUUGACUUUGACUUUUUGUCCACCCUUGACCCUCCUCCCUUGUUUGAUGCAUCUAAGAUGGAGAAUCGUAAAUUGCAAGUGAAGGUGUUGACUGGUUUUGGAGGUACUCUGCUUAAAAGAUUUUGUGGGAAGGGCAAUAGUAAUCUGGUUUGUCUUCUAUCAAAAAUUCGAGCAGACUGUAUGGAUGAACGCAUUGGCAUUGAAGUCAAUGUUGAUCAGAAUGAGAUUACUCUGUUUGCCACUUCACAACACAUUGAAAGUGUUUUAAAGUUUGUAAAUGAUGCCCUGGAGUGUGAAAGAAAAUGGAUGCAUAAUGAAUGUUUGGAGAAGUGCUUAUAUCAUGGAUCUGGUAUCCCUUCUGUAGCAUUGUUUGGAGCUGGUGCUGAGAUCAAGCAUUUGGAACUCCAAAAGAGGUGUUUAACUGUUGAUAUAUAUUAUGAAAAUGUGAAAGCCUUGGAUGCCGCUGCCGAAAAGGAGCUUUUGAUGUCUCUUGAGAAAUUUUCCUCUGGUAGCAUAUGCUCUAUUCACAAGUUCACAGGUGUUGGACAGGAAAGUGAUGAUAGAGAGAAGUGGGGAAGGAUAACAUUUCUUAGUCCUGAUGCAGUGCAAAAAGCUGGUGAGCUGAGUCAAGUUGAAUUUAAUGGCUUCUCAUUGAAGAUAAUUCCUUCACAGGCAACCAUUGGAGAUAAUAAAUUUCCUAAUGUCAGAGCUAAAGUUUCUUGGGCUCGUCGGCCCAGUAAGGGGUUUGCAAUUGUUAAAUGUGACAUGCAUGAUGUUGGGUUGAUGGUUAAUGACUUUUCUAACUUGGCAAUAGGAGGAAAGCGUAUUCGUUGUGAAGCUAGCAAAAGAUGCAUGGAUUCUGUUGUUAUUACCGGAUUUGACAAAGAUUUGUGUGAUUAUGAAAUAUUAGCCGUACUGAGGAAUGCUACAAGGAGAAGAAUCCUUGAUUUUUUCCUUGUGAGAGGAGAUGCUGUAGAAAAUCCAUCACAUGGUAUCUGUGAAGCACUUGAGAAAGAAAUCUCUGCUUUUAUGCCUAAAGGGAACCCCCAUAAUAAGCCUGUCCAAGUUAAGGUCUUGGGUCCUGAACCCAAGGAUGCUUUCAUGAGAGCUCUGAUAUUUUUUGAUGGAAGAUUACAUUUAGAGGCUGCAAAAGCAUUGGAGCAAAUAGAAGGAAAAGUGUUGCCUGGUUGUUUUCCAUGGCAGAAGAUAAAGUGCCAGCAGUUAUUUCAUACUUCUUUAUCCUGUUCAGUACCUGUCUAUUCCGUGAUCGAGAAGGAGUUAGAUUCUCUACUCAAAAGCUUUACACAUAUGAAGGGUGUAGAAUGCUGUCUAGACAGGAAUGCUAAUGGUUCCUACCGAGUGAAGAUAUCUGCCAAUGCUACAAGAACUGUUGCUGAGUUGAGAAGACGUGGAGAAGAGCUUAUCAAUGGGAAGACCAUAGAUGAUUCCAACCUCACUCCAGCUGUUUUACAGAAUCUGUUUUCCAGAGAUGGCAUCAAUCUUAUUCGUUCACUGCAGCGUGAGACUGGCACCUAUAUUUUCUUUGAUAGGCAUAGCCUCAAUGUAAGGGUCUUUGGCUCUCCUGACAAGGUUUCUGUGGCCCAACAAAAAUUCAUUCACUCUCUUCUAGCCCUCCACGAAGGCAAGAAGCUUGAAAUCCAUCUUCGUAGUAGAGAUCUACCUCCUGAUUUGAUGAAAGCAGUGGUUAAGAAGUUUGGACCAGACCUCCAUGGGCUAAAAGAGAAGGUACCUGGAGCUGAUUUUAGCCUAAAUGCUCGUCGCCAUGUUGUUUUCAUUCAUGGUGACAUAGAGUUGAAGCAAAAGGUAGAGGAGAUAAUUUAUGACAUUGCAAAGAUGAGUGAUAGUUCUACUGAGAGGUCUAAUAACGAAGUUACUUGCCCAAUAUGCUUGUGUGAUAUUGAGGAUGAGUACCGGCUUGAAGACUGUCAGCAUGUGUUUUGUCGGUCUUGCUUGAUGGAGCAAUGCGAGUCUGCAAUAAGAAACAAGGAUAGUUUCCCACUUUGCUGUGCCCAUAAGGGUUGUGGGUCUCCUCUUUUGCUUACAGAUUUAAAGUGUCUCUUAUCAAGUGAGAAGCUGGACGAUCUCUUUCGGGCUUCAUUGGGCGCUUUUGUUGCUUCAAGUGGGGGAACUUACAGGUUUUGCCCAACUCCUGAUUGUCCUGCGGUCUAUCGGGUGGCUGAUCCUGGUACAGCUGGUGAGCCAUUUGUUUGUGGUGCUUGCUCUGCAGAAACCUGUACAAGCUGCCAUUUGGAGUAUCAUCUUUCCUGGUCAUGUGAAACGUAUAAAGAGUUCAAGGAAGAUCCAGAUUCAUCCUUGAAGGAGUGGCGGAAAGGGAAAGAGCAUGUAAAGACUUGCCCGGUCUGUGGGUAUACAAUUGAAAAGGUAGAGGGAUGCAACCAUAUAGAGUGCAAGUGUGGGAGGCAUAUUUGCUGGGUCUGCCUGGAGGUUUUCAGAACCAGUGACGAUUGCUACGGCCAUCUGAGGAACAUACACAUGACAAUCAUAUGAGUGCUGUGACUAUCUAAGAAACGCAAGCUGCAGUCCUUUACUAUUAUUACUAUUAUUCAUGUACAGAAAAUUUCAUAACAGGUAAUGUACACGUAUGUAUAAAAACGUAGGAGUUGUUAUAUAUGCUUCUGAACAUGUUGCUGAUAAAACCUUUCUCAUUUUUCCUCAAUCGAGUAAAAGGAUAGGAAUUUCUUUGUACUCUGUACAUGUCUUUUAACUCAAAAGUGAAUGCCUAGUGAAGUUUCUCUC